CAUCCUCAGCUCCCCUCACACUUUGGGCUCCUCAGGGAGGAGGGGGCUGGAGCCCUGGACCACCGUUAGCACAAUGAUCCUCAGGCUGCUUCUGGCCCUCAACUUCUUCCCCUCGAUUCAAGUAACAGAAAACAAGAUUUUGGUGAAGCAGUUGCCCAGGCUUGUGGUAUACAACAAUGAGGUCAAUCUGAGCUGCAAGUAUACCUACAACCUCUUCUCAAAGGAGUUCCGGGCAUCCCUUUAUAAGGGAGUAGAUAGUGCUGUGGAAGUCUGUGUUGUGAAUGGAAAUUACUCCCAUCAGCCUCAGUUCUACUCAAGUACAGGAUUCGACUGUGAUGGAAAACUGGGCAAUGAAACAGUGACAUUCUACCUCCGGAAUUUGUUCGUUAACCAAACGGAUAUUUACUUUUGCAAAAUUGAGGUCAUGUAUCCACCUCCUUACAUUGGCAAUGAGAAGAGCAAUGGGACCAUUAUCCAUGUGAAAGAAAAACAUCUUUGUCCAGAUGAGCUGUUUCCUGAUUCUUCUAAGCCAUUUUGGGCACUGGUGGUGGUUGGUGCAGUCCUAGUUUUCUAUAGCUUGCUAGUAACAGUGGCUCUUUGUGCCUACUGGAUAAAGAGUAAGAGUAGCAGGAUCCUUCAGAGUGACUACAUGAACAUGACCCCCCGGAGGCCGGGGCCCACCCGAAGGCACUACCAACCCUAUGCCCCAGCACGCGACUUUGCAGCAUACCGCUCCUGACAUGGACGCCUAUCCAGAUGCGAGCCGGCUGGCAGCUCUUCACCUGCUCAACACAACUGCUCUGGAUAGGAAAAACCCGCCUCGUCUUCAGCCGGCCAUGGGCUCCUUUUAGGGGCUCUUAUUAGGCCACCGAUGCCAAUUUUUCUUGAAUGACUAUACCAAAUAACAUUAUUUUGAGACUCUGAAAUGAAGUUAAAGAAUAUUACUGUGGCAGGCUCUAUCUUGCAGUGCCAUGACCCAAAUUCCAACUUACCAUGUAUUUAUUGACUUGAGGUUACAGUAGAAAACAAAACAAAAAAAGCAAUGGAUUCUAUUA